UAUCUUGCUCGUAACGAGUUUUCCUGGAGGCGGAUUGUAGCUUCAGUUCCUACGUAAAGUGACCUAACUUUAGCUGUGAAUCUGCGAAAGUAGUUGACAGUCAUAUACAAACCUUACUUUUCAUCUGAUCAGGAGAAUUCACUUGUCUCAGGCCGAUAUCCGUAGGCCGACAUGGCGACUCUUGCUGAGAGCUUCCUAGCAGACUUGGAAGAUCUGUCAGAGGAUGAGCCGGGGCCUGAGACAGAGCAGUCGGAGGAGGAAGCCGAUGACGGGAUGGACGACAUCGAGGCGCUAAACUUUGACGACCUCUCGGCAGUGGCAAAGCUCACGAGCGAACCACGGUACAGCGACGUCCUCCAGCGAGUACGUGCGGCUCUGUCUGAAGCCGCCUCCACCUCCACCACCGGCGCCAACGGGGGAGAUCGGAGAUCCUCCGGGCCCCUGGAGGAGGAUCCCACGUACAAGCUACUCGUGGAGUGCAACCGCCUUGCCGUCGACAUUGAUAACGAAAUUGCCGUCGUACACAACUUCAUUCGCGACAAGUACCGACCAAAGUUUCCGGAACUGGAAUCCCUGGUUCACCACCCGCUGGACUAUGCGCGUGUGGUUCAGCGAAUUGGCAAUGAGAUGGAUUUGACGUUGGUGCCGUUGGACGAUAUGCUGCCGGCGGCAACGGUCAUGGUAGUUACGGUUACAGCAACUACCACGUCGGGCAAGCCCCUGGACGACGAGGCUCUGGGUCGGGUGAUGGCGGGAUGCGACAUGGCCGUACAGCUGGACGAGGACAAACGCACGAUAUUGCAGUUUGUGGAGAGCAAGAUGAACCAGGUGGCCCCCAACAUGUCGGCGGUGGUGGGCACGGAGAUUGCGGCCAAGUUGAUGGGUGUGGCGGGGGGCCUGUUGGCGCUGUCUAGAAUGCCGGCGUGUAACAUUCAGUCCCUGGGCGCCAAGCGCAAGACGCUAGCUGGGUUCAGCUCCACCACCACCCAGCCGCACCAGGGCUUCAUCAGCGGCUGCCCCAUUGUGACCCAGACGCCCCCCUCCCUGCGCAACAAGGCGAUAAGGCUCAUCGCGUCUAAGAGCGCACUGCUGGCCCGCAAAGACGCAUACGGGGAGGACCCAUCGGGCACCUACGGGGCGGCCAUGAAGGCGGAGGUGGUACGGAAGGUGGAGAAGUGGCAGGAGCCGCCACCCGCCAAGCAGGCCAAGCCGCUGCCAGUGCCUGACGCGGAGGCGAAAAAGCGACGCGGGGGCCGAAGACUUCGAAAGAUGAAGGAGCGCUACGGGCUAACGGAUAUGCGCAAGGCGGCGAAUCGGAUGAUGUUCAACCAGGCGGAGGAGGAGUGGGUGGACGGAGACGACGUCAUUGGGUUGGGUGUGCUGGGCAAGGAGGGCAGCGGCAGGUUGCGAAUCGUGGCGUCGCAACAGAAGCAGAAGCUCAGCGCCAAGGCGCAAAAGAAGUUCAAGGCGCGAAUGUACGGCAGCAGCGGCGCGACGUCCGGUCUGUCGUCAUCGCUGGCCUUCACCCCUGUGCAGGGUAUUGAGCUGGAGAACCCCUCGGCGCGCUUCGGCAUGGAUUUGGAUACCAAGGACGGCACGCAGUCGUAUUUUAGCCAGUUCGGGGGCUUCAGGUCGGUCAAGAAGUAAGCAUGGCGACCGGCGUCGUCCCGGGUGUCUAGGGAGGAACUGGACAACGGCUGCAGAAGUUGUGGUAACGGUAACGGUUAACGGUAACCAUCAACGACGAUGUGGGACAGAGCGUCAGAGGGUUAGGGGAGGAAGCGGUGCUAUACGGUACGACAAAACCGAAGCGACUACGAUUGAUGUACACAACGUAUGGACGGACGGUUGGAUCGUCGGAUCGACAAGGACCUGGCUCGGCGCCCGUGGAGGAUUUCCAGCUUUGCCACCUUGUUGAGACUUAUCUUUCCAUGUGUGGUUUUCUAUUUGAUAUACUUCUGGUGAAGCCGGCUGAGUUUUUGACCAUGACAGACGGACACGGACACGGACCCUCACACCAUUUAAUAGGCUAAAUAUUAGUAGGCGGGGUUUUGUCCCAUCUCGGGGUUACGGCGUGGGAACGUACGUGUUCGGCAUAAGUACUUUCUGGAGUUUCAAACUCCAGAAGCUACCGGGUAAAACUAACAAGUUGCUAGUUUUACCGAUGCGCCGCUGCCGCGUGUGCAACUGGUGCCCGUAUAAUACCGUCUGUUGGGUGUUAACGCCGCCGCCGCGUUCUGGGACCAGCAGGCUAUCAGGCCUUCCGCUACCGAAGGCAUGUCACUAUCGCUCUGAUCG